UCGCGAUUAUCACCGCACGCGAGCACGUGCGUGCGUGUGCGUGCGUGCGCGUGUGCGUGUAGUCGUCGGUCGUUGUUUCAAGCUUGAUCGAAGCUCGAUCGAAGCUCUAUCCGCGUUCGCGUGCGGCCGUUUUGAUCUCGAGCGCGCGCACGCGCGCGCUCUCCCGCGUUUUUCGACGCAAAGACUCGAUCGAACACACAUGUCGAGAGCAGAUUGAAAAAAGAGCGGUUCGCACAGCUCGAACAGCGUGAAGAAGGAAAAGAAUCGCGGCCGAUGGUGGCGUACCGUUGGUCGCGCGUUGAUCCUAGGUAUCGGCAGCGUAAUGACAUCGUAUUGACUGGCGUGGCUAGAGAAAGGUGAAUCGUAGUAAGUAACAGUCUGACCGCGUACUUGGCGGUGUAGAUCGUCUCGGCCCCGUGCAACGGACGAAGCGGUAUCGUUAGUUGGCUGGCGUUCGUUGACGCACCGCCAGUGGCACACUUGUCGCUUGGAAAGGAGAAUAGACUUUCUCCUUCUCGUCGUUCCUCCGUCGUACCACCGCCACCUUUCGUCUCUCUCUUCCAUAGGAAGGAUCUACAGCUCUCGAGCUCGGGACUUGCACGUCGGCGACGAACGAGUGACAGCGACGACGAAGACGAAGACGAAGACGAAGACGACGACGACAACGACGAAGACGAAGACGAAGACGACGUGGGUGCCGAGAGCGAGGACGAGGACGAGGACGAGAACGAGGACAAGGAGUAAAGCUAGAAGGAAAGUCCGGCCGAGGAGGAAAACUAGAACGUGAACAGACGAAUAAUUCACCGAGGAUCGGCGAAGAAGAUAUUUGUGGUGUAUAGGGAACCGGGAAGCCCAAUCGAGAACGAGAAAGAAGAGAAGAGAAGAGAAGAGAAGAGAAGAGAAGAGAAUACGAGAGAAGAGUGGUAAUCGGUCGUAAAGUCAAGAUGAGAGUACAUCGUGGAAUUUGCGCGAAACUUCAAGGAGGAUUCCUGAGGCGAUGGUGGGCAGCGGUGGCCAUCGGGGCAUUGAUGAUCAUCGUGGCGGCGAUUUUGGCGGCAGUUUUCCCAAAGCUGGUCGACGUGCUGCUCAACAGAGAGAUCGCCCUUCGAGACGGUGGCCGUACGUUCAACUGGUGGCGGGAGCCGCCGGUGUCUCCUCGACUCAGCAUCUACAUCUACAACGUGACGAACGCCGACGAAUUUUUAAACGAUGGCGAGAAACCGGCGUUGCAGGAGCUCGGCCCGUACGUCUACGUGCAGCACUGGGAGAAGGUCGACGUGCAGUUCCACGACAACGACACGUUGUCGUACAAGUUGAGGAAGGAGUUUACAUUCGCACCGGAGUUGUCGGUCGGCAUGGAGGAGGAUCUGGUGGUGGUGCCGAACGUGCCGAUGCUCUCGGCGACCAGCCAGUCGAAGCACGCGGCGCGUUUCCUCAGGCUGGCGAUGGCCUCGAUCAUGGACAUACUACGGAUAAAGCCGUUCGUCGAGGUGUCGAUCGGCCAGCUGCUCUGGGGCUACGAGGACCCGUUGCUCAAGCUGGCCAAGGACGUGGUCCCGAAGGAGCAGAAGCUGCCGUACGAUCAAUUCGGCCUGCUCUACGGGAAGAACGGAACGAUGCCCGACUGGUUCACCAUCUUCACCGGUCAGCGAGACAUCGGCAAAUACGGGAUCCUGGACAAGUGGAACGGAAAGAGCAGCCUCGGCCACUGGACCGCGCCGGAGUGCGACAGCGUGGCCGGCAGCGACGGCAGUAUCUUUCCGCCGCCCAUCACCAAGCAGACGGUGCUCAAAGUGUUUGACAAGGAUCUUUGCAGGGCGUUGCCCCUGGUCUUUAAGGAAGAGGUGACCACCGCCGGUGGCGUUCCCGGGUACAGGUUCGUCCCGGCCAAGGACGCGUUCGCCUCUCCGAGCAGAUUGGAAUCGCAGCGAUGCUUCUGCCCGGCGGGUCCACCAUGCGCUCCCGAGGGAACUUUCAACGCCUCCCUCUGCCUCUACGAUUCCCCGGUGUUGCUCAGUUUUCCGCAUUUUUAUCUUGCGGACCCGGCUCUUCGGGACGCGGUGACCGGUAUAUCACCGCCGAUCGAGGACAAGCAUCAAUUCUACAUCGACGUCCAACCGAUGAUGGGCGCGUCGCUGAGAGCCAAGGCGAGAGUUCAGAUAAAUCUGGCGGUCAGUCAGGUGCGCGACAUCAAACAGGUCGCCUCGUUUCCUGACAUUGUCUUCCCGAUCCUCUGGUUCGAAGACGGUAUCGACGAGCUUCCGGCCGAGAUGCGAGGCCUGAUGAAGAUGGCGGUGGAGAUACCGCCGAUAGCUCGGGCAGCGAUCUCCGGGGCUCUGGCAGCGAUAGGGGCGAUCGUUUUGAUAGGAGCGCUGCUGUGCCUGGCGCGUGCCGCCAAACGGCAGGAGAAACUCCACCUCACCAACCCGUUGCCGUCCAACGUCACCGCGAGCAAGACCGCUGGCCAGCUGAAUCCGGCCUUUCAAAAUUCCUCCGGUUCCAAGUAGGAGGCCUCCAACCAGGUUUCGUUUUUUUUUCGGCUGUUCCGAUCAUGGUUGUUUCCGCGUGUCCUUUCUGAUCUUGAGCGACGAGGCGCGGGUCAUACUUUCUACCUUGGUGUCUACCAAUCCUCUCGAAGGGAUGCGAGAAAACCGCGAGAAAGCGAGAGACGAGCAAAGAGAGAAAGAGGCAAACUGGGGUGUUUUCAUCUUUUUUUCGCCCUGCCUCUUUUCCGUCGUUCUGUCGUCCUCGUCGUCGUCGUCGUCGUCGUCGUCGUCGUUGUUCUGUCUUGCAAUUAGAAGCAGGAAAUGCGAAAGUGGGGCUAGUAGCGGAGAGCAAGGGAGUGUCGCGUCGACGUUUACUUUUUCGUGGGAAAAUCUUUCGCGUAUUUUCGCCGAGCGAACGAAUUAAGGAUUCGAAUCGUUUCCGUGAAUCUGCGCGAGUCGAAGAGCGAACGAGUUAAGAAAGCGAAGCGGAAAGGCGUCGAGAAAGUACGCGAAAGGAUGUAACGGUGUGCGUGUGCGUGUGUGUGUGUUUGAGCGUGUUGCGUGUCGCGUGUACGUGCGCGUGUAGAGGAAGAUAAAAAAAGAAAGAAA